CACGACGGAACAUGUAAAUCUCUGUGAUCAAUAUGUUGAAUUUGGAGAUUAUCAGGGCGUUCAGACGACGGAAUGGCUAAUAGUUGUUGCCAAGGAAGCCUGGAGCAGUCGAUCUGGGGCAGUGCAAGCUUGAACGGAGCAAGGCAACGCGGGCUCCGGCGGGCGAGUUUAUCCAGAACCCGCUCUGUAUAUUUGGCCAACUUUGAGUCUGAGAGAUAGCCGCCAAGGAAGGCUGUGCUUUUCGAGUUUUCUCUCCUCCAACGGCCGGCUAGACAAAAUGCUGCUUUUGUGGUUGUAAGUGGCUAUCUAUGUACACUGGAUGGACUGAGACGCAGGCGAGUUGUCUCAUUGGUAAUGGCUAUUGCCCAAGAGCAAGCAAGCAUCUAGCUAAUCAACCCGCACUUGCUAGCCGAGAUCAUCGGUCAACCUCACCGUCCACCUGCUACAUUCUACAUUUUGUGCCACUUCUCCAAGACUCUGGUGCUUGCUCAGCCUCCUUUGGCCCCUCUCUCGAGUCGAAGCAGGGAAAAUCGCAACCUCGUUGCAGACAGACAUAUAGUCGCCAUCGUCGUUCACGGUCGUUUCGAUUUUCUCCAACAUCUUCACUAUCAUUGUUAAUCUUUUGUGGAUGAAACCAUCUACUUCUCUCUAUACUGAGUAAUCUUCGCCUCCAGCAUCAUGGGGUCGACUGAUCUUCUCUCUCCCGACGCCGGUGAACGCAGAGCGCGCUCACCGAGUGUGAACUCGAGCGUUUCCAACCCGUUCUCUAUAGCCACGGCGACUAGCUGUGACUCGAGCGUGUUUGGGGAUGCUAAGGAUGCACUUCGUCCGGAUCCCGGCACCGAGGCCGACUUCCAGGUCCAGAAUAAUCCGUUUGCAUUCUCCCCAGGACAGCUGAACAAGCUUCUCAACCCAAAGUCCCUCGCUGCCUUUCAUGCACUUGGUGGUCUUUCCGGUAUUACCGCUGGGCUCCGUACCGAUAUCAAGUCAGGUUUGAGCAUUGACGAGACCAACAUUGCUUCGCCAAUCUCCUUCCAGGAAGCCAUUGGCGGCGGAUUGUCCCCAGUGUCUUCGUCUGAGGCACCUUCUCGAUCGCCGGCUUCUUCGGAACCAUUUGGUGAUCGCAUCCGCGUGUACAGCCGCAACGUCCUUCCUUCAAAGAAGGCUACGCCGUUGUGGAAGCUCAUGUGGAAUGCCUACAACGACAAGGUUCUUAUUCUGCUUACCUUUGCUGCCAUUAUCUCUCUUGCCCUCGGUCUCUAUGAGACCCUUGGCGUGUACCAUCCGCCUGGCGAGCCUACUCCUGUGGAUUGGGUCGAAGGCGUUGCUAUCUGCGCUGCUAUUAUUAUUGUCACUGUUGUCGGCUCGUUCAAUGAUUGGCAAAAAGAAAAGGCCUUUGUCAAGCUUAAUGCCAAGAAGGACGACCGCGAAAUCAAGGUCAUCCGCUCGGGCAAGUCCUUCAUGAUCAACAUUCACGACAUUGUUGUAGGUGAUGUGCUUCAUCUUGAGCCUGGUGACCUUGUUCCUGUCGACGGUAUCUUUAUCAAUGGCCACAACGUCAAGUGUGACGAGUCCUCGGCUACUGGAGAAUCUGAUGCCCUUAAGAAGACAGGUGGUGAAGAGGUGAUGCGGGCACUGGAAGCUGGGCAUACAAAGAAGAAACUCGAUCCUUUUAUUAUUUCUGGCGCAAAAGUUUUGGAAGGCAUGGGUACCUUUGUCUGCACCUCUGUUGGUGUCAACAGCAGCUUUGGCAAGAUUAUGAUGUCAGUCAGAACGGAGUCUGAGGCUACACCACUUCAGAAGAAGCUGGAAGGCCUCGCCAUGGCCAUUGCCAAACUUGGCAGUGCUGCAGCCGGUCUUCUCUUCUUUGUUCUUCUCAUUCGUUUCCUUGCUGGCUUAGCCGGCGACGAGCGCACUGCUGCCGCCAAGGCAUCGUCAUUUAUGGACAUUCUUAUUGUGGCCAUCACCAUUAUUGUUGUCGCCGUUCCAGAAGGUCUCCCUCUUGCCGUUACGCUUGCAUUGGCAUUUGCAACAACCAGGAUGUUCAAAGAGAACAAUCUUGUGCGUGUUCUUCGUGCUUGCGAAACCAUGGGCAAUGCAACCACCAUUUGCUCUGAUAAGACGGGUACUCUUACAACCAACAAAAUGACAGUAGUUGCCGGCACCUUUGGAUCAACAAACUUUAUCAAUUCCGAGUCUUCAAAUACUUCGGCACAGACUGCCAGCCAGUGGGCUGCGUCUUUACCACAGCGCUUCAAAGACAUGCUUAUUCAGUCCAUUUCCAUCAACUCGACUGCGUUUGAAGCGGAAGAGGACGGCAAGACUGUUUUCAUUGGCUCCAAAACAGAAACUGCCCUUCUUCAGCUUACCAAGGAUCACCUAGGCCUCCAGUCUCUCGCUUCCACUCGUGCCAAUGAGCAAGUCGCCCAGAUGAUGCCGUUUGACUCGGCCAAGAAGUGCAUGGCUGCUGUUAUCAAGCUUCAGGAUGGCUCCGGUUACCGUCUCGUGGUCAAGGGUGCAUCUGAAAUCGUGCUGCAAUACUGCUCAGAGCUCAUAGAGCCCUCUUCAAUGCAGCUUAGCCGUCUUACAUCCGAAGACCAGCGAUUGGUUAGCGAUACUAUUGAUAAAUACGCCAGAAAGUCACUCCGCACCAUCGGUCUUGCGUACAGAGACUAUCCUGAAUGGCCACCUGUGGAAGCUGAGAUCGCUGACGGUGAGGCUGUCAUUUCUUCUCUGCUCAAGAACCUUGUGUUUGUCGGUGUUAUUGGUAUUCAGGACCCUGUUCGCCCUGGCGUCCCUGAGGCUGUCCGCAAGGCCCAACAUGCUGGUGUGGUUGUCCGAAUGGUCACUGGUGAUAAUAAGAUUACUGCUGAAGCCAUUGCUAUAGAGUGUGGCAUUCACACUGAAGGCGGCAUUGUCAUGGAGGGACCCCGAUUCCGAAAGCUUUCUGAGGCUGAAAUGGACAGAAUCUUGCCCAAUCUUCGAGUUCUUGCCCGUUCAUCCCCCGAGGAUAAGCGUAUUCUGGUGGCAAGACUCAAGGCUGUCGGUGAGACGGUCGCCGUUACUGGUGACGGUACCAAUGAUGCUCCUGCGCUCAAAGCAGCAGAUGUUGGCUUUUCCAUGGGCAUUUCAGGUACCGAAGUCGCAAAGGAGGCUUCGUCUAUUGUUCUUAUGGAUGACAACUUUGCUUCCAUCAUCACCGCCUUGAAAUGGGGCCGUGCCGUCAACGACGCUGUUCAGAAGUUCCUACAAUUUCAGAUCACCGUCAAUAUCACAGCCGUUCUUCUUGCCUUUAUUACCGCUGUUUACAGUCCCGAGAUGAAGCCUGUCCUUCGCGCUGUACAGCUCCUUUGGGUUAACCUUAUUAUGGACACAUUUGCUGCGCUUGCUCUCGCCACGGAUCCUCCCACGGAAAAGAUUCUUGAUCGCCAGCCUCAGGGCAAGAAGGCUCCGCUAAUUACCACUAACAUGUGGAAAAUGAUUAUCGGCCAGGCAAUUUACCAGCUGCUUGUUACUCUGGUUCUCUAUUUUGUCGGCCCCGAGAUCUUCAGCUUUGACCGCAACGACACAGACAAGAUGCUGGAACUCGACACUAUUAUUUUCAACACGUUUGUUUGGAUGCAAAUCUUCAACGAGUUUAACAAUCGUCGCCUGGAUAACAAGUUUAACAUCUUUGAAGGCAUCCAUCGUAACCAUUUCUUCAUCUUUAUCAACUGUCUUAUGGUUGGCCUCCAGGUUGCCAUUAUCUACGUCGGCUCGCGAGCCUUUGGUAUUAUGCCAGGAGGUCUUUCUGGCACAAAUUGGGCCAUUUCCAUUGUUGCAGCCAUUGCCUGUCUACCCUGGGCUGUUGUUGUGAGACUCGUCCCAGAUGAGUGGUACGCCAAGAUUGCUAGAACUGUGUCCUUCCCGGUUGUUAUCGUCUACCGUGUCUUGAGCAAGUUUUGCGUGAAAUUUGCCAACCCUUUCAGAAAGGACAAGAAGCCAACCUCGGGAGACGACAACGGUCUAGAUGAUAUUGAGGCUACUGCUUCUACUGGUUCUGCUACCCUGAAGGGCCCUGCUCCCCCAGAGAUUGUGGUAGUCGACACACCUCAGUUCCAAAUUAGCAGUGCGGAGAAAGAAGAGAAGUAACAUAGAGUAUUCAUAUAUAUAGAAGAGUGUAGCUUUGUAAUUUUGAUAGUAUAUACAUGUACCAUUUUCACCCGUCAUUUACGUCUAAUCGCUGUAAGACAUGUGCACCAGAGACAGAUCCUCGAACACAAAAACGUAGUCAAUCU